CAGGGGACAGCAUACGGAACAAACGGAGCAGAGAAAUAUAACUGUUUUUAGACAAUACAUAUUUCAUCUUGUCAACGAAGGAGCAAUGGGGAAGUCCAAGAAGGGCAAAGGAGCCAGGAAUGUCGACGUUGAUUCAGACGGUGAGGCUGAUUUGGACCCCAUCGCUAAGGCUCUGAAGGAGAUCAACGAAGGGGACACUGCCACUAAAGCAGGCGGAAAGAAAGGGAAGAAGAAGAAGAAGGAUGUGGAUGAGCUGUUUGAUGAGUUAGCGGUCAUGGAUGGUGAGAAUGAUGAACCAGAAGGUGUGAAGGAACCUGAAGAGGAAGUCAGUGCGGCUAAAGGCAAAAAGGGAAAGAAGGGAAGGAGGAAAAAGGAUGAUUGGGACAUGGAUGACAUAGCUCAGGAGAUAGAAGCACUUAGCAUGGAGAAGAAACCUGAGAAAGGAACUCAAGGAAACAAAACGGCACAGAAUGCCGCCGCAGCUCCAGAGGAAAGCAACGAGAAAGAAGACACACUAGAAGAUGAGCAAGCCACAGAAAGAUCCGCUUCCAUUGACUACGAAGAUGACGGUGACGAUUUAGACGGGUCGGGCCCGGUCAUGAAGACAGCCGCCCAGAAACGAGCCGAGAAGAAGGAACGAGACAAGAAGAAGAAAGAACUACAAAAGGCUGAAGCCAGGAAUCGUCGAAUGAAGGAGAAGCCCAAGGAUGGUGGGGGGAAUAAGGAUGCUGUGAUGGCAGACGAUGAGCAAGACGUAACAUCAACAGCAGAUGCAGCUCAAGUCAAAGACGUAGAUGAUGUCGAAGACGCGGGUGAACAGAAAAAGAGCAGAAGAAAGAAAAAGAAAGGAAAGGAGGAGGACGAUGUCGAGGUCAUAGAGGUCGAGGGGUCAUCUAAGGUCACAGAGGCAGACGAUGUUGAAGAUGCUGGCGAACAGAAAAAGAGUAGACGAAAGAAAAAGAAAGGAAAGGAGGAGGAUGUUGAGGUCACAGAGGUUGAGGGGUCAUCUAAGGUCACAGCUCCAGGAGAAGUUGAUGAGAAAGAUGCUGCUGAAGAUGGGGAGGAGGAGGAGGAGGGAGACAAGAAGAAAAAGAGGAAGAAAAAGAAGAAAGGCAAAGAUGAAGAGGAAGAGAAAGACAAAAAGAAGAAACCUGUGAAUGCUCGUGUGCGUGCAAUGCAAGAAGCCUUAAAGAAGAUGAAGGAAGAAGAAGAAAGACUGAAGGCAGAGGAGGAGGCUAAAGAGAAAGCUGCUCUACUGGCCGAAGAAAAACGUCUUGAGAAACUCAAACUGGAGAAAGAAAAGAAAGAUCGAGAGAAACAGAAGAAGAAGGAACGGAUUGAAAGAUUGAAGAAGGAGGGCAAGUACCUCAACAAGAGUCAGAAGGAGGCUAAAGCCAGAGCAGAGGCUAUGUUAGCCUCGAUGAAACAACUAGGUAUUGAGGUACCAAGCAAGGAGGCACUGUCUGAACCCAACAAAGGCAAAGUCAAGUAUGGAGUCCGGGAGAGGAAAAAGAAAGAUCCGACAAACGGAAAGAAAGCGGAAGGCGUCGAACUGCAACGGGUAGAUUCCGAGGAGAAAUCUGAGGAGCUAAGCAGCGAGAUACAGGAGGGAGCCUCAGCAGCAGCCACUGUUGAGGCGGAGGCAGAGACACCGAAGGAGGAAGAGAUUCAAGAGAGCUGGGAGGAAGUAACUGACUCUUGGGAUGCUGGAGGAACAGAGGAUGAAGAGGAACCAAGUAAAGAAGAGAAACCAUCCGCUGAUAGUCCGCCGGCAUCCACUGUCUCUGAGAAACCCAAGCCUCAAGAAGAGGAAGAUGAAGAUGAUGAGGAUGAAGAUGAAGAUAGUGAAGAGGCGAGUAGUAGCGAGGAGGAGGAGGACAGUGAGUCGGAGUCCGAGUCGGAGUCCGAGUCCGAUGAGGAACGAACGCCAGCAGAGAAAAUUAGAGAGAAAGUCAAACUCAGGAUUCAGAAACGAAGAGAAGACGCUGAAGCUAAGAAGUCAAUAGACAAACUCAGGUCACCUGUAGUUGUCGUUCUUGGUCACGUGGACACCGGGAAAACAAAGAUUCUGGACAAGAUCCGACACUCUCACGUCCAAGAUGGAGAAGCAGGUGGUAUAACUCAACAGAUUGGUGCUACCAUGGUCCCCCCUGACGCUAUCAAGGAACAAACCAAAAUGUGUAGACUGUUCGCCAAAGAAGAGCUAAAGAUUCCUGGCCUGUUGAUCAUCGACACCCCAGGCCACGAGUCCUUCAGUAAUCUACGCUCUCGUGGCUCCUCGCUAUGUGAUAUCGCCAUCCUAGUGGUGGACAUCAUGCAUGGAUUAGAACCACAGACCAUCGAAUCACUCAACCUCCUCAGGUCACGCAAAACACCGUUCAUUGUAGCACUGAAUAAGAUUGAUGUUUUGUAUGAAUGGAAGACCAGUCCACACACGGACAUCACCGGUACCAUCAAAAAGCAGAAGCGCCACACCAGAGACGAAUUUGAGGAGAGGGUGAAGGCAACAGUCACAGCAUUUGCUGAACAGGGUUUGAACGCCGCUCUAUUCUUUGAGAAUCCCGAUCCUAAAUCGUACGUUUCCUUGGUGCCAACGUCUGCCCACUCUGGGGACGGGAUGGGGAACUUGAUAGCUCUACUUAUUGAAUAUAGUCAGACCAGACUAGCUAAGAGGCUAGCUUUCUCCGAUGAGCUACAGUGUACUACGCUAGAGGUGAAAUCUCUUCCUGGUCUUGGCACGACAGUAGACGUCGUUUUGGUGAAUGGACGAUUAAGAGAAGGAGAUACGAUUAUCUUAGCUGGCCAGGAAGGACCUAUAAUCACACCUGUUAGAGGUUUACUGAUGCCUCAACCGUUAAAGGAACUCAGAGUAAAGAAUCAAUAUGAGAAGUUCAAAGAGAUCACUGGUGCUCAGGGAGUUAAGAUCCUAGCUAAGGAUCUUGAGAAAGCUCUAGCAGGAAUGCCGUUACUCGUAGCUCAACACCCCGAUGAAGUUGACUUUCUCAAGGACGAGGUAUCUCAACUAUUGAAAGACGCCCUUAAAUCUAUCAAGUUAGCGGACCUUGGGGUCUACGUCCAAGCUUCUACGCUAGGAUCUCUUGAAGCGCUGUUAGAAUUCCUCAAGACAUCUGAGAUUCCAUAUGCUGGCAUCUCUAUUGGUCCUGUGCACAAGAAGGAUGUUGUGAAAGCAUCCGUUAUGCUGGAACGAGACGGCCAAUAUGCCGUCAUCCUGGCCUUCGAUGUGAAGAUCGAGCGUGACGCCCAAGACAUGGCCGACAGGGAGGGCAUCAAGAUCUUCCAGGCAGACAUCAUCUACCAUCUCUUCGAUCGGUUCAUGGCGUACAGAGAGGAGAUCAAACAGAAACAGAGGGAGGAGCAUAAAAACGUUGCAAUCUUCCCGUGCAAGCUCAAGGUGAUGCCGCAGUUUAUCUUCAACGCCCGGAAUCCCAUCGUCGUUGGGGUCAUGGUGGAGGCCGGGAUCGUUAAAGUUGGGACGCCGAUCUGUGUUCCAUCCAAGGAGUGUAUUGUACUAGGUGCUGUCUCAAGUAUCGAGGUCAACCACAAGAACGUAGAGACGGCUCGUAAAGGCCAGGAGGUCUGUAUUAAGAUUGAGAAUACUGGCGGGGAUGCACCUAAGAUGUAUGGCAGACACUUUGACAGCCAAGACAUCCUCAUCAGCAGAAUAUCUCGGGAAUCCAUCAACGCUGUCAAAAAAUACUUCCGCGAUGACCUCCAAAAAAGUGACUGGCAAACAAUGAUAGAACUUAAGAGGAUGCUGGAGAUUUUAUGAGCGUCAAUAAAGAGGGAGGGCCGUGGAUUAAUGUCCAGAGUAUUAGAGGUGUUUGGAACCAGGGAAGCGUCACCCACAGUAUGGAAACUACUUACCGUUGUUCAGGAUGGAACUGGACAAAUUCCAGAACUUGGAGAAAUGUGAUUUCAUGCCAUAAAAAGGAAGACAAUUUGACCACAACUUUCAGCUGGAACAGUUUUUUCAGCUUUGUGACUCUAAGAGGAAUGUUCAAAUUGGACCUGUUGAGUUUUCCAGCGAGCACAAAUAAAGACCUUUUCACACUACUUUAUUCCCAGGGAGGAACCCCGGGGAUUAAGGGCUGGCCCUUUCACACUACAAUCACUUUACCCCUGAUCUACCCUGGCAAAUGGGCAUACCCCGGGGGAGUUGGGUCAGCGGUAAGACCCUGGGGCAUUCUUGAAAUGUGCAGCUGGAUUAGGGAUCUCGGCGGGGACAGUGUGAAAGUGCGGCGGGGUAACCGUCGGGUAAAAACCUCCGCAAAUUGGAGUAUCCUAGGGUGUUUAGAUAAAAAGAAGAGAGGCGUUUUAUUGUUGGAUUUCUACUACCUAUCUUGGUUAAUUUGAAUGGUUUACCAGCUCUUGCUGCUGGCUUUUUCGAAAUUGAAUUAGUCUUGAAAUUGAACGGUCUUAUUUGACGGGUGGAUGCUAAUGAAAUUGAAUUGCUCCUAGCUUUAAAGAUUGUGAAAUAUUCAACAGAUUGCAUUCUGUAUAAACAAUGCCAGGACUCCUGCAGUUACUAGACUACAGUCUGCACUUCUAGAUUGGUUGAGACGUGUUUGGAAACAAUCGGAGAAACAAAUGAACUUUUUUGGUAAAAUUGAAAAUGUACCAAAUGUGAUACUACUUUCUGAAGAAAGAAGGCAACAAGGGUGUUUUUUCUUGUAUUAUUCUCUUGCAACUUUGACGACCAAUUGAGUUCAAAAUUUCACAGAGUUG